UUUGGCAGGAACGCAAAUCACAGGUGACAACUCCGAGUAGCACAAUAUGGCUGAACAAGCCUUCUUUAUCCGCGUUUAUUGGUUUUGCAAAUUGGUUUUUAAGGAAACCUGGUGAUAGGACAGGUUCAUUUGCACACCGUUAAUGUUGAACGAAGUGUCCGAUUAACUCCACCAACGGUUCAUCGGGUUACCAGAAAUUGACUUCACCAUGGAGUUGAGUUUAGUCAGCUAAUAUUACCCACUCAGUGGUGUGCUGUCUCUGGAAAGCUUACCUACACAGCCUUUUAAAACGAGAAGUUGAAUGUCCACAAGGGACCACUAGGCUACACCUUCUGCAUUGCUCGCAUAGAAAUCGAAACCAAAAUGAAGCUGUCUCGAAAGAAAUCCUGUGAGGUGACAAUUAAACGAAUGUCAUAGAGCAAUACAAGACGAGACUUAAAGAUCAAACGUGCGCUGCUGGAGACAACCAAAUUAAACUGUCUCCUCUAAACAAAAGAAAUGGAUCCACGGCAGCAGGAAUCUUCACAGGGCAAGAGCUCCACCAUGCCACACAAAGAACGCAGUGAAGAGUCACGUGACAAGAGGCCCAGCGACGUACCUAUCAAACAUAACACUGAGGAGGAGAAACAACCUUUCAGAAGAAUGAGAAGUCCACCUAGACCCAGAAUAACUGGUUCAUUUAGACCAAGAUUUGGAGGAAGAUUCUACAGACCGCGAUUCAUAAGGGACGAUCAUUCAUUCCGGAAGCCCCGCUUCAGUUUUGGGUUCCAAAGGUACCACCCUUUCACCCCUCGCCCACGGUUCAACUGGAGGGACCAGUCCGGCCCACCACAAGGCCCCCCGUGCCCUAACAACCAGUACAACGACCAGAGGAACAUGGACAGGAGCGGUCCCGCCAGGGCCUCUACUCCUAAAGAACACAGAAGUGCUCUCAGGUCUUCUGCAGGCCCCAGCAGAGAGAAGGAGAAGCAGCCUGUGUCGUUCAUCGUGGCUCAAGAGAAGGAGAGAUCCCACAGCAAAGAAAGAGAGAGGGGUAGAGAGCUCCCCGCCACCAUAAGCAGGGCCACAGCACGAAACAGAGCCAUCCAACAGAAGAGGAGAGAAAUCGAGCAGGUGUACCGUCAGGACUGUGACACGUUUGGCGUGGUGGUGAAGAUGCUGAUUGCCAAGGACCCGUCUCUGGAGCGGCCCAUCCAGCCGUCUCUGAAGGAGAACCUCGGGGAGAUCGGACUGCGCUGUGUAGAGGCCAUGCAACAGUUCAUAGAGGAGUAUGACACCAGGGAACCAUCACCACAGUGACACACAGUCCCCUUUGUCUUAACCUGUGUAAGUGGUGUGCUUGUAUACCGAAACAUACACACACAGUCAUAUCUCACAAAGCUCAGAAAUGAAACUCAAUAUUGUAUACGUGCUAAUUGGGUAUGUGACAUUGCCGAUGUUGAAUAGCACGAGUCUAUGUCAUGACUCAUGAGCUGGCCUGUCCUAGUGUCCUUGGUCAGUCAGGCCAAAGUCACUCCUGGUGCUCAGCCUUCUGGAAGCUCUGUCUUGACCUGUGAUCGUGACUGCUACUGAAACUCAAUCAUUUAUGAUGUGUUAUCAACUUUCAAUAUUGCUCUUGACAAUGUGAUGGAAGAUACAGCUAUUUCCCUUGUGUUUCCUACUGAAGUAUAGCUAAUGAAUUCUAAGCCCUGUGACAUAUAUACAGUGCCUUGCGAAAGUAUUCGGCCCCCUUGAACUUUGCGACCUUUUGCCACAUUUCAGGCUUUAAACAUAAAGAUAUAAAACUGUAUUUUUUUGUGAAGAAUCGACAACAAGUGGGACACAAUCAUGAAGUGGAACGACAUUUAUUGGAUAUUUCAAACUUUUUUAACAAAUCAAAAGCUGAAAAAUUGGGCGUGCAAAAUUAUUCAGCCCCUUUACUUUCAGUGCAGCAAACUCUUUCCAGAAGUUCAGUGAGGAUCUCUGAAUGAUCCAAUGUUGACCUAAAUGACUAAUGAUGAUAAAUACAAUCCUCCUGUGUGUAAUCAAGUCUCCGUAUAAAUGCACCUGCACUGUGAUAGUCUCAGAGGUCCGUUAAAAGCCCAGAGAUCAUCAUGAAGAACAAGGAACACACCAGGCAGGUCCGAGAUACUGUUGUGAAGAAGUUUAAAGCCGGAUUUGGAUACAAAAAGAUUUCCCAAGCUUUAAACAUCCCAAGGAGCACUGUGCAAGUGAUCAUAUUGAAAUGGAAGGAGUAUCAGACCACUGCAAAUCUACCAAGACCUGGCCGUCCCUCUAAACUUUCAGCACGAGGAGAAGACUGAUCAGAGAUGCAGCCAAGAGGCCCAUGAUCACUCUGGAUGAACUGCAGAGACCUACAGCUGAGGUGGGAGACUCUGUCCAUAGGACAACAAUCAGUCGUAUAUUGCACAAAUCUGGCCUUUAUGGAAGAGUGGCAAGAAGAAAGCCAUUUCUUAAAGAUAUCCAUAAAAAGUGUUGUUUAAAGUUUGCCACAAGCCACCUGGGAGACACACCAAACAUGUGGAAGAAGGUGCUCUGGUCAGAUGAAACCAAAAUCGAACUUUUUGGUAACAAUGCAAAACGUUAUGUUUGGCAUAAAAGCAACACCCUGAACACACCAUCCCCACUGUCAAACAUGGUGGUGGCAGCAUCAUGGUUUGGGCCUGCUUUUCUUCAGCAGGGACAGGGAAGAUGGUUAAAAUUGAUGGGAAGAUGGAUGGAGCCAAAUACUUCCAUUCUGGAAGAAAACCUGAUGGAGUCUGCAAAAGACCUGAGACUGGGACGGAGAUUUGUCUUCCAACAAGACAAUGAUCCAAAACAUAAAGCAAAAUCUACAAUGGAAUGGUUCAAAAAUAAACAUAUCCAGGUGUUAGAAUGGCCAAGUCAAAGUCCAGACCUGAAUCCAAUCCAGAAUCUGUGGAAAGAACUGAAAACUGCUGUUCACAAAUGCUCUCCAUCCAACCUCACUGAGCUCGAGCUGUUUUGCAAGGAGGAAUGGGGAAAAAAUUCAGUCUCUCGAUGUGCAAAACUGAUAGAGCCAUACCCCAAGCGACUUACAGCUGUAAUCGCAGCAAAAGGUGGCGCUACAAAGUAUUAACUUAAGGGGGCUGAAUAAUUUUGCACGCCCAAUUUUUCAGUUUUUGAUUUGUUAAAAAAGUUUGAAAUAUCCAAUAAAUGUCGUUCCACUUCAUGAUUGUGUCCCACUUGUUGUUGAUUCUUCACAAAAAAAUACAGUUUUAUAUCUUUAUGUUUGAAGCCUGAAAUGUGGCAAAAGUUCGCAAAGUUCAAGGGGGCCGAAUACUUUCGCAAGGCACUGUAUAUAAAAAAAUAUAUAUAAAAGAAAUGCAUGACAUGAUAAUUGUACAUAUAUGAACUAUGUUGAUAUACAAGGAUGAUUAUAUCUAAUACAGAGGAAGAAUCUAUUUACACACAACGUUUGAAUGUUUUCACUCUUAUAAAAUAAAUCUGCUCUUAAAAAUGA